UAUACAGACAAACCCGUAGGCAGACGUAAUGUGUGUUGGUGUGAACACCGUGGAGAGAAAUGACGUUUCAGCAUUCCACCAAUCGGCUUCGUCCUACACCCUACCAGCUAACACUGUCGUGUCUGUAGGAUUGGGAAUAUACGAACGCUGAGAUUACCUCUGUUACACAAUGUCACAAGAACUGAUUGAUUUGGAGGAAAUAGUGAAGAAAUGGGUCGCAGAUUUCCCUUUGGACGCUAAACAACGUAAAGAGGCUGAUGACGUCAUUUCGACAGACAUAAACUGGAAACACUUGCGUGUACAACACGGGGACACGCAAUAUUUUGACCAAAUAAAGGCAACGACGCCAAAGUCGCACGUGCUUUUCACAGCACAUUUCACGAACGAUACUGACCAAAACCAGGUGUACACUUUAAAAACAGAGAGAAAGACAAAGUCCACGUGCACGCUCUCCCUACAGAAAAGUUACACGUACGGUUUCAGUUUGGAUAUAAAACUGACCCCGCCCAAUCCCGUCAUAGAGGCAAACGCGGGGUUCAAGGGUGAGAUGGGUCUGACCAAGACAAACGACGAGACUUUCGAGGAGGAACUCCUGUGGUCAGUCGACAAUCAAAUCACUGUCCCGCCAAAAUUCAAAACCAAAGCCAACCUCGUUAUCAAAGAAGACGAAUACACAAGUCACUUUAAGACAGAGAGCAAGUUUGAAGGCAAAAUUCACGUGACGUUACGUCAUAAGAAAGACAACACACCAAUCACCACCCUCACCACUGACGUCAAGAGGCUUUUUACGGGGGAUAAAGGGUUCCGAGUGGACAAGUCUGGAAUCUAUUUCGUAACACAGGGGAGGUGUCGCUGUAGAUUCGGUAUAGAACAGCACGUGAAACUGUCGCAGACAAAGGUCGAGGACGUCGUAGAAGAAGGCGAAGAUGAGGUUGAUACGACGUCAUGAUGACGUCAUUUGUGAAUGAUCGAAGAUGUGAAGUGUAUUUUCCGUCGGAUUGAGUGCCCUAGUAUGCAUGUAUGGACUAUUGGUUGCUUAGUACAGCAUUAUCACAUAACGGGAAAUGCGUUGUGAUCUGUGCUUCCUUGUAAUCUGGAGAGAGAAAAAAAUGGGAAUUAAAUUAUUUUGUGAAAUUCUUCAAUGUUAUCUGGCAAUAUUCCUCAUCGAUAUGGAAAUUUAGUGUGCUUGAAUAAUAGAGUUCAUUUAUUUGUCAAUAUUUGUGAUACAUUUGACCUCGUUGUUUCCAGUUUGUGACUGGCUCGUAAUGUGAGUGUACUGGAGAGGUAAGCAUUUAAUUAUGUGACGCUGAUGACGUAUAUAUUCCAAACAGGGUUUCCUACAAUAGUAUCAAUACAGACCCGCUCAUUCUGAGCUGUGGCGAGGUCAGUUACCAUAGAUCAAUCACUGCAUAUUUAAUCAACUAACGCUGUUAGUAAUAUUCUCACUUAUGUGUGGUUCAAUUCACAGGGACUUGCUUAUUAAGAUAUCUUUUGUAUUUUUAGUCUAGCAUGUAACCGAUAUGUGCUGCUCAAACGUUCUAGAAGCUUGGGAGAGGGUCAAACAGGAUAGGUUAUCCAGCGGGUUAAUUAAAAUAAAUCUUCAAAUUGCGAUUUAGAUCCAAGAAGCAUUCAAAGCAACUUGCAUAUCAGAUACUGCCUUAUAAGCAAUUCCCUGUGUCUGUGGUGCGAAACGAAGGAUUACUCUAAAGGUAUGCAAAGCUGCGGGUAAUAUAGAGAGAUCUGUCAUGAAGCCGUUCACUGUGCGACCUUGUCUAUAAGCCAGUAAUUUACUCCGCCGUCCUAUCAUUAUUUCCUGGCUGUUAAUAUUAUCGAUUUCCUCACCAGACGCCCUCCCCUGGGAAAACUGGAUAAAUGCCUCUCGUAAACUCUAUCGCCCAAUUACCUAGCUAACUAACAGGGAUACAUAAUUGCACGUGCAUAACUUAUACACUGUGCAUUGAAUACUGUAUUUCCUCAAUAAGUAGUAAAUAUAUAACGUCACAUACAGUACUAGCGCUAUAAGGGCGUAUUUUGAUGGUGACGUCAUGACUAAUCAGUGAUAAUUCCAUAUACAGAGUUACAUUACUUCGGUUUAAUAUGAAAAUUGUAUAGAAUAAUAAUCUUCACAUAAAGGUAUGGGCUAAAGAGUGAUAUUCUAUUGAAUUGGAUAAAGGUUUUAUUUCAUUUAGAGACUUCAAAAUUAUGGUUCGGUCAACUUUUUGCUCGCAACAUUUUAAGGCAUGUGUAUACGUAUAGAGAAAGUGCCCUUUUUCGGUUUCUCCUACGGUCUGGUGUGCGUGAGGAUGGAUGGCGGGAUGAAUUUUUGAAAAUUUUGAAAAUAUGUUAAAGUUAAGUUACGAGUAGUUUUUUGUUAAAGAAAAUGCAGGAAGGAAGGUGUAUUGUUUCUGAAACUCCGUAUUCCUCACUAAUAUCAUGCAACAGCAAUUUUCCCAUGCGUUUGUUUCGAGCAUAGCAUGCAAAUGUAAUAAAAUAGUAAUCAAUUUUAUCUGUUGUUCGCUUCAGUACACGUUUCUCAUCUCAAAAUUGUUCGUUGUGAAAUAUGAAGCACACAGUCUCCCCUGGUUAUGCUCAACACAUCGAUCUUAACCCUUUACACAAAUGUGCGGGAAAAUGCACAUAUUUUGUCGAAAUAGUCAUCUUUUUUAUGUACACGUCAGAAGCGUUGUACUCCAGUUUAUCACCCCCAAGAGACCCGGGUUUCAAUAGGCCGUGGUAUCUGCUAUAUAGUUCCAGGUAUCGACCUUCCAGUUUCAAAAAGGUCAAAGGUCAUUGCCACGCGCUAACUAAUGGUACACGCGGGACUCGUCGAUAGACUUUAUGAAUAUGAUUAAUAUUUCUGUAUAACCUCGCUGGAGUCUAUGUUAGUGGUUACCGAGAAUUCUCCCCAGUCACGUCAGGUCUUGUAUGUAAAUGAGGUCGGAUUGUAGUUUGUUAUUGUUUACACUUGGUGGUAUAUGGGUACACAGGUAAUAGACACAACAUAUC